AUGUCCUUCGACAACACCAACAACGCCGGCCUCAACGCCACCCGCCCAUCACAUACCAUCCACUGCGACUCUGAGCCCCUCCCAGGCUCAGGCGCCCGCUCCGCCGCCCAGGCCUCCGACUACUCGCCCGCGACCAUCGACCGCACGCCCAGCUCGGCGCUGCACGACACGACUGCGCCCACCGAGGUGCACGUCAACCAGCAGUCGCGCGAGCGCGAGCAAUCGCGCCUGAACGAGUCCUUCGACGGCACGUCAUCGACCAUGUCCCGCGAGGGCCCCGUGAGCUCCAACUCGGAGUUCCGUGACGAUGGCGCGCCCGAGCCUCCAUCAAAGGACGGCGUCGACGCAUUCAGCUCGGAGAGGUCGAUGGACUCCAAGCCCAGCAACGAGAGCGGUGUCGCUGUCGGCGGCGACGAUGACCUCCCUGAAGGUAAGGCAGGCAUGGCUGAUAAGAUGAUCGGCAAGACCCAGAAGGUUAUGGGCAAGGUCACGAAAAAGCCCGAGCUCCAGGAGAAAGGAGAGCUCCGCGAGGUUGGCGGCAAGGCUGCUGUCCAGGGAGAGGCACGGGUCCCUCACGAGUAG